AUGAAAACUAAUUUAGUUUUUGCUUUAUUUUUUUUGUUCAUAAGUGUGUGCGAAUCCAAUGCUAGUUUAAGAGGGCAAUCUGAAUCAAAUAUUUCACCAGAAGGGAAGAAUGCUGAUCAUAGUCACCAAAAAGAUUCUGGUGCGCAAAAUGAAGGAUCUACAUCUAUAACCGGUAAUAGCGAUACCGUUCUUGGUGGUGUUGGUAGUACCCCUGGUGGUGUUGGUGUCGGUGGUGUCCCUGGUGGUGUUGGUGUUGGUACUAAUGUUCCAGGUACUGGUGGUGCUGGUGCUGUUCCCGGUGUAAGUCCCGAAACUGAAGAGCCACAAACUGUAUUAAAGGAAAUACCAAUAGAAAGCAGUGAAAAUAAUAAAAUAACAGAAGAAGAAUUAGCUGUAUGUGAGGAAAUUGAGGAAAGUUAUGAUGAAAUAGAAGAAGAAGAAGAAGAAACUGAACAAGAGCAAAUACCAGAAGAUUUUGAAAUAAAUAAUGAAGAAGAGGAAGAAGAAGAAGAGGAAGAGGAAGAAGAGGAAGAGGAAGAAGAAGAAGAAGAGCAAACUUCAUCAACCGAAAAUGUCGAAGCAGGAGAACAAGGAAAUACGCAAACACAAGAAUCAAAUAGCACUAGUGGUGGUGAAUCAUCUACACAAGUCAAUACUGAUGAAAAUGGUCAAAAUAAAAGGAAAAAUACAACCGGAAGCACAGUACCUUUAAUUAAUUCCAAAUUUCACGAUCCAAUUAAUGAAGAUUCUAGAAAUGUUAUUGAAUCUAAACAAGAAGCUAAAGAAAUAAUGAAAACCUUAGUUACUAUGUUUGACAAUAUCGAUGUAAUUGAUGAACCUGUAAUUGAUUUCUCAGAUGAUAUUUCACAAUUUCUUAUUAUAUAA